AAAGAAGGAUAUUAAGGGGGAAAAGGGGCGUUCGCGAUCGAUGCACUUCACCCUGCCGAAUUGUAUCUGUACGAGUAAUCAUCCAAUGGUUGGCUAUUUCGUUUUCUUUGAUACACGACCUAUCGGUCUGUCCGAGAAGAAACGACACACGCUUCAAUAUCAUCGUCAAAUGGACACAAAUGACUAGCUUAACAUUAUCUUCGAGCACGUUCGAGAUGCCCCGGUCUAGAUCAAAACUGUUCGUACCCGCGAACGCGAUCUCAACACAGACGUACAACACACCAUCAACUGAGAACAAUCAUCUGCCACCGUUGAAGGGUAGCGCAUUGGCACUGAAGCAGCCUGCAAGUGAGUCGUCGCCUAGUUACUUGACCCGAACCAGUCACAUGGCCGGUACUCAUCUUCCGAGUUUAAGUUCCAGCGCCAACAACAGCUUGCUCAGCCUGACCGGGAACUCCGAUAGCUUGAACCUGAGCCUGAGUUCGCACACGAGCCACAACUCGAGUCACAACUCGAGCCAUAAUUCGAGCCACAAUUCGAGUCAUAAUUCGAGUCACAACAAUUCCAGUCAUAACUUCACUCAUAAUUCCAGUCAUAAUUUCAGUCACACCACCGCUCACGAGUCACAACACGCGCAGUCGAAUAGCCAAUCAAGCACCGCGUCAGUGGUGAAGAAUGGAUGUUCGAACGGAAGUUCCUGCGGCAGCGGUAUCCGCAAGCCGAAGACUAUCAUCGCCACACCGGACGUCGUGUUGAAGAUCUACGUGGACAAGCUGACACCGUACGAGCACCACGAGAUUUUCAAUUAUCGGCAUAUAUAUUUUAUCGGGGCGAACGCGAAGAAGAGGCCAGGGAUAAUCGGUCGACCUCAUAACAAUGGCUACGACAACGAACAUGGUUCCUACAUCCACGUGACGCACGAUCACGUGGCCUAUAGGUACGAGGUGCUGAAGGUGAUCGGUAAAGGUUCGUUCGGUCAGGUUGUAAAGGCGUACGAUCACAAAAAGCAGGAGCAUGUCGCCUUGAAGAUGGUGAGGAACGAGAAGAGGUUCCAUCGUCAGGCGCAGGAGGAAGUGAAGAUAUUGCGGAAGCUACGCGAACAAGAUAAGGACGACACGAUGAAUAUCAUUCAUAUGUUCGAUUCGUUCACGUUCCGUAACCACAUGUGCAUCACCUUCGAAUUACUCGGUAUUAAUCUGUACGAGUUGAUCAAGAAGAACAAGUUCCAGGGGUUCAGCAUGCAGCUUGUGAAGAAGUUCGCGCAUUCGCUGCUACAGUGCCUCGAUGUUCUCUAUAAGAACAGGAUCAUACAUUGCGACAUGAAGCCGGAGAAUGUUCUCUUGAAGCAGCAGGGACGCAGUGGUAUCAAGGUGAUAGACUUUGGUUCGAGCUGCUACGAGAACCAACGCGUCUACACGUACAUUCAAAGUCGCUUCUAUCGCGCGCCAGAGGUGAUCCUGGGUGCAAAGUACGGUAUGCCAAUCGACAUGUGGAGCCUCGGUUGCAUCUUGGUGGAGCUGGUUACCGGUUUCCCGCUGCUGCCAGGCGAAGACGAGUCCGACCAGCUGGCCUGUAUCAUCGAGUUGCUAGGCAUGCCGCCGCCUCAGCUGUUAGAAUCCGCGAAACGGUGUAGGCAGUUCAUCAGCUCAAAGGGUUAUCCACGCUAUUGCACCGUUAUAACGAUGUCCGACGGUUCGAUCGUGUUGAACGGCGGUUUCUCCAGGAAAGGCAAAGACCGUGGCCCGCCCGGUUCCAGGGAUCUGAGGCAGGUAUUGAAAAAUUGCGACGAUCCAUAUUUCCUGGAUUUCAUUCACCGCUGCCUGAAAUGGGACCCGGAACAGCGCAUGACACCUGGCAAAGCGUUGAAACACAGAUGGCUGCGCCGUAGAUUGCCAGAGCUUCCAAAGAAAACGAACGACGCUUUGCCCGCGUUACCGGCAGCCUCUGCGCCGCCUACCUCCGCUUCCGGCCUCCGUACUUCCGCGUCCGGUAGCAAAAGUUCGACCAAGUCGAACACGUUGCAGACCAACAAUACGGAGAACACGAACAAGGUGAAGCAGUUGAACGACAUCUUCCAUACCAUGUCUACCAUAUACUCGGCAUUGCAACGUAACGACGGUGGAAGAGGAAGAGGAAGAGAUCAAACGGUGGCAACCAAUCAUCAAGCGACCGUCAGCAGUCAUCCGUCGCUGAACUCUAUUAGUGGUGAUGCUAGUAGUAGUGGUGGUGGUGGUGGUGGUGGUGGUGGUGGUGGUGGUGGUGACGGUAGUAGCAGUAGUACUAGUGGUAGUCAGCAGCAACCGCAGCCACAGCAACAACAACAACAACAACAGCAGCAGCAGCAACAAUCGCAACAACAGCAAACUCAACAGCAACCGCAGCAACAGCAUAGUCAUCAAUUGCAAACGAAACAACAGCACAAUAACGGUUCGCACGGAUCUCAUGGAUCCCAUGGAUCCCAAGGAUCGCAUGGUUCGCAUGGAUCCCACGGAUCCAACGGAUGGAGCAUAUCGUUUCUCGAGUGGCUCGAGACGGUGGACAAUGAUUAGCAAGGACAUUAUCGAGCAACUGAGACGAUUCAUCGAAACACGAGAUCCCUCUUAUUACUUUUUUCUAACACGUUUACCGUGGUCGAUGUUGCCGUGAUCGCUGACCUCGUGUCUCGCUGAUUUGUCGGAUCAGAUCGACUGACUAUCUUGACGAUGUCGUCUUUCGACACGCGUUGUGAGUACCCGUUGUCGAACGACACCGAGAUAUUAACGGUGUUCCUGCCUGUGUGGUAAUAUAUGGUCGCUCGUUACGAGAAAAAGAUUCCUCGGAGUCAAAGGAGAGAUAGCAGUGGCCUCAUCUUCGACCUCCGGAUACUACUGUGAUCUACUACGCGAUAUGUUACUACAAAAAGCGAAAAGCGUAAAAAAAAAAAAAAAAAAAAUAAGAAAAAACCGAAAAAAAGAAAAUGGGGGAAAAUAACGACAAAGAGAACCGCUGAAGGGGGUGAAGGAACUGGGAAAAUCAAUCGCGAUACCUCGAAUCAUGUACCUCACCUAGCUUGGCGACGUUGCUUCGCGUUGCUCUCCAAUUUGCUUGUUGUCUCAAGAUCCAUUUCUCGUCGCCGUUUGCUCGAGAGAGGAGGGAUGUGCACGAUCCGUUUGCUUAAUCGAGGACGAUUGCUUUUUCGGCGUUCGUUUUUCUGGUCGACUCGCUAAGAUCAGCGGCCUCCCUUGUUGUAUACACGUUAACAACGAGUUACGUAUACGAGUUCGUUCGUUCGUUCGUUCGUAUCGCUGCGUCACGUUUGCAUCCUAUUAUAACGUAAAUAGGGAGGACGGCCACGGAGGUUAUUGUGCCAAGGGGAUGGCAGAGGGGAAGCAAAGAUUUGCGCCAUGUCGAUGAAUCGAUUCUCCCGAGGUGAGAAGUAAUAAUCGAGGUUUAUUUAGUUGACGCGAACCCGACCUCUAUCUUUCUAUAAGUAUAUAUAUAUAUAUAUAUAUAUAUACACACACACAUAUACAUAUAUACAUAUAUAUAUAUAUACACGGGGAAGGAAGGUCGCGCAGCGAACUUCGUUUAUGCGGAUAGAUCUAGACGUUAUACCGAGGCGUCGCGAUGCGAUGAGGGUAGCUUUCACGUUCGUUCAGCGAGAGAUCUAAUAAUCAGAGGGCAUGCCACCUCGUUGAAUAGAGUCAUCCAAGAUGGUUUUUAGGUCAGAAGAUUCCACCGUAAUGCUAUCAAUAUCGAGCAGAAGGAAAGGUUGAUUUUCCAUCGAGCGGGCAACCGUAAUUGUUAAUUAAAGAAGGUCAAGUUUGUCCCCCUCGGUUCGAACGAGUCGUCGAUCGAACGAGAACGAUGUCGGGGAAAAAAUCACGAUGCUCUUUAUUUAUUUAUUUUUUUGAGAAUAUAAAGGAACGAUCAUUGAUAUCGGAUUGAAAGAAACUGAAAUUAAGAUAAGAUAGAAUAUAUAUGGAAUAAUAUACGUUAUGCAUUUAUGUUUCUUUAUCCGUGUUUGUUAUUUUUUAGUUAUGUUUUUAUAUUUAUUUAAUAUUUCAAAGUAAAUAUUUAUCCGCGUUAAAUUAUUUCGUGCUAAUAUGAACUUUGACCCUACAAUUCCGCGAGGAAUUCUUUCCCUGUCAGACUAAAACAGAUUGCAAGGGAAUGAAUAAUGAAUCGCGCUUUUGUAGCUUGAUAAACACACAUGUUAGCAAUUUAUAUGGCUAAUAUUUUUAUGAUAAUAUUUUUAUGAUAAUAUUUUAUGAUAAUACUCAUCCAAUUUUAGAAUUGGUUAAGAAGACUCGCAAUCGCUUCAUCCUUGAACUUUCUUCUCAUUCGUUUCUAAUAAUGCGAUUUAGACAAAUAUAUAUUUUUUUUUUAAUUCUUUUCUAUUUUUUUAAUUCUAAUGUUAUUCGAUAUUUUUAAGAUUUUUUUAUCGACCAAUAUUUUUUUAUAUAUCUUAAGAUCAUCAUUUAACAACUGCCCCGAAUUACGCAUUACAUAUGUUUUAUAAUUCGUUUUUUAUCAGCAUUUACGCGACAUGAAUUCGCAUUGGUAACGGCAACGAAAGACUCGAGGAUUAUUAUUCUCUUAAUCUUGCAUUUCAUAUCAAUCUCUUGUGCAACAAAAUGCAUUUAUCGCGAGAAUCGAUUUCGCAUCGAAAAACGAUUCGCGGGAUUCGAAUUUCGCGCCUUCACCGUUUGAACGCUGAAACCCUCCCGUGCCCCGGGCGAAAAAUUCGUUUUGCGAUUCGAUAUCGUGACGAUAGAUUGCCCGAUUUAUUGCAUUUUAACGGGAAUUUUUCAAAGAAAGGCGGGGAACGAUCGAAUCGACAUGCGCAAAUCCCUGGGAGGAAAUCCUUCGAGUGUAAUCCGAUCACGACCCCGGCACAAAGCGAAAUCAUGCUAAUUUUAGUUCGAUAUGGAAUAGAUAUUGAAGACGAAGAAGGGGCGAUCCUCGAUGUAUUAUUGAAAGGAAACGUUGUGAAACGGGAGGAGGAGGCGCGUGCGAGAUAUGGAUGAGUGACUAUCGCAAGGAGAGAACGAUGGCGUAAUAAGCAAGGAUGUGACGCAUCGAUGAUAAGGGAGGGGAGAAGAAAAAAGAGAACUAUCGAGGCGAAAAAUAAGAAAAGAUGGCAAUAAAUUAGCCAACGAUGAAUUAUGUGAAUUAUGUGAAAAAAGGAAAAAAAAAAUGGGAGUUGAAAAGCUUGAUAAAAAGAAACGAAUGGGGAUGGGUGGGGGGAGGGAAAUAAACGCAAUGAACACAGAGGUAAUUAAAUCGUGAUACUGAACAAGAUAUCUUGUGAUAUGGGAUUUAAGUGUAUUGAGGUUCACUUUGAUGAACGCUAUAGAUAAAUAUAAAUAUUAUAUAUAUAUAGAUAUAUAUACAUAAAAUGCGUCUAUAUAUAUAUUAUAAUACGUUGUAACGCUACAAAGAGAGAACAAGAAAAAAAGGGAAAAAAGUACUACCACGCGCGUAGUAAGAAGUAGUCAGCUAAAAUAAUAAUAAUAAUAAUAAUAAAAAAAAGAAAAAAAGAAAAAAAUGAAACGCGUUACAAGGAGUGAAAAUGAACAAAACGGUCUCGUGAAACGUUGCACGAUAUUACGUGUAGACAAUAGUAUAAUCUUUCACGAUUCCUUUUUUUUCUCUUUUAUUUUUACUUUGUUUUUUUUUUUUUACGAUUACGAAUCUUUAUUCCUUUCUAUUUUGUAUUUUUUUCUUUUUUUUUUCUACUUUCUCUUUUCGUAGAAUAUACAUGCUUUCGAUUAAUUUUACGAGAGAACGAAUAUCGAUUCGUUUCUUCUUCUUCUUCUUUUUUUCUUUCAUAUUAUAUCUCCUUUCUUUUUGUAACGUGUAUAUAACAUGUAAAGGCUCAUCCAUCCGCUGGUCGAGAAACGUGGAGGAAACGCAAUAAGCAUCCGCCGAUCGAUCUUUAUUGGUCGCGUCGGAUUUAGUUUCACCUGGAUUUUUCGCGUAUUACGUUAUACAGCAAGCAACCGUCUGCGUGAUCAAAGAUCGAUCAUCAAUACCACUGCCAAUACCUUCCUAUAUAAGUUCGGGCUCUUGUUUUCUCGUAGAUACACACAAGCGAUCGCAUGUAUUAUUUACGAUCCUAGUCGUCCCCAACAAGCGAAAUUUUCAAUGAACGUCGUCGUUGUUAUCAUCAUCAUCAUCGUCGUCGUCGUCGUCGUCGUCAUCGCGUUGGCACAAGAAAUAUUAAACAAGAACGCGUUGAACGUGCUUGGAAACGUGUGUGCGUCAUUGUUGUAAAAUAAUAGUAGCACUUUUCUUACUGGCUCGAAAAAAAAAAAAGAAAAAAAAGAGAAAAGUGAAAAAAAAAGACAAGACUAGACGCAGGUCCACCACUAUACUCAAUUUUAUUUUAUAUUAUUAAUCAGAUAUAAAUCGCUCUCGAGUGUUUACGUUCGACUUAAUUUUAAUCGAUCACUCAACUGCGCUUUACUGUGAUCUAGACGUUGUCCAUGCUCGUUAUCGGUGCAAACUUCGGCUCAAAGUAAUCAUGUGUAUACAUUAUUGACUGAUCUCGAAGAAGAUUGCGCAGAAAUUUGUUCAGGAUCAUUUUUUCCCUCUUUUUUUUUGUCUUUUUUUUUUUUAUUUUUAUUUCUUUUUUUUGGGGGGGAAAGAAGAAAAGCGAGAUGUAUCUAUAUAUAUAUAUAUAUAUGUAUAUAUCUAUAUAUAUCUAUAUAUAUAUAGACACGUACAAUUGUAAGCGAUUAGCUCUCUUCCGCAUUUUUCGUGAGUGUUUUCUCAUCUCCUUUCCUUUAUCUUUUCUUUUUCUUUCUUUCUUUCUUUCUUUUUUUUUCCCUGAUAGCUUUUUAUCACUCAUGCAACGCGCGUCCCGUCGCCAAUAAGGUUUAAGCGAUAGCUUUAGGCUUAUAAUACCGUACACACCGCCGGGAUAGCAGUUCCAAGGCCGAGGUUUUAAUUCAAGGCAAACGAGGGUGUGUUUCGAUUGUCUGCGAGCAAGAUUCUUCUCGUAAAAAAAUUCGAAGAGGAGAAAAGGAAAAAAAAAGAAACGAAUACGCGCGAUAUUUUUUUUUUUUCGCUCCUCUGUUAUCCUCAUUAUCUAUAUUUUCUUUCGUUUGAAUCCCAAAUUACAAACAAAAGUUAUCAUAGAUACGGGGAUGAAACAGCCUUAAAAGAUGAAAUGAAACACGAUCCAUUUUUUUUUAUUUCGCGAUUGAAACUUAUCUGACAUCGAUCUAUGGUAUUUAUAGGCGUGGUGCGAGCUAUCCGGACGGUGAAUUUUCUAAAAGGACCCCGGGCGAAACAUCAAAGCUGCCUAUUAAAAAUAAACGCCGUCACCAGAUUUUCACGAUAUUCACCUGGCGGAAAUGCAUAUUAAAGCUUAACAAAACCGGCCAUCCCUGCCGCGUGUUACCUAUGUAUCGUAACCGGUAUGCACUUCGGCUUGUAUGAACGCGAAAAUAUAGGACGCGCGGCGUUCAACGAUACACGAUGAAAAAAAAGAAAAAAAAAAAAAAAGGGGCAGAAAAAAAAAAAAGGUUCGAUCGACCGAAACGGUCGAUGAAUUUUUGCAUUUUCAAACCGCUUUGGCAUGUGCUCAACCGCGUGCUUCCUUGUUAAGAUUCGACUGAUGAUCCGCGAAAAAAUUUAAAAGAAGGCAAAAAGUUGGGCGCAAAAGUUGUAACAAAUGAUCAUUAAAAAAAAGAAAGAACUGUGUGUGCUUUGGUAAAUCGCAACGAUGCAAAGUGAGAUCGCGUGAUGAAAUCAGGAUGAAAAUUGUUAUAUAUUUCUCAACUGCUUUUUACCGUUACUACAAUUGCGUGAUAACGACGAGUAAAAGUCACUGUCUACCACUGUUGAAUCACAACGAAGCGGAGUAAAUAACGAGGAAAAUAAAUGUGAGGAACAAAAGUGAAAACUAUGCGACUUUCUUUGUAUAGAAACGAAAAUGGAAAUUGAUCUACUGUGCUACACGAAAGAAACAAAGAAUGACGAUUUAUCGUAUCCGGUAUAGAAAGAUCGAAGAUUGAUUGUAUCCAUUCAAAAUGCGAAGAGAAAAAUAUUAUCACAUUGAUGUAUAUGAGCGACAAUGAUCGUGUUAAUACUUUUAUUAUCCGUCUGUGUGAUAAUGCGUAUGUGAUACGCGUGUUAAAAAGUACGCUCUCGAUGCACGAUAGAUAUAAUAUAUACAUUUAUAUAUAUAAAUACAUACAUACGUGCAAUGUACAAUACCGAACAGUAGUAUCAAGGUAUAUAUUUUAAUAUGCACAUUGAAAGAAAGUUGUUUGAUUUAUAAAACAGGGUCGAAGCCUGGAACGACAUCUUGUCCGGAUUGUCACGAAACUCUGUAUAAAUCGAAAAAUUGUUAAUCCUUAGUCUGUUCGAGUGUUUGUCUCUGAAUUAUUCAAAAACAAAGACGAAUAUUUCAUAAACCGUUAUCGAGAACAAUCAAAUAUAUCCUGGUUGAAACGAGGCAAUAGAAACGUUCGAAUAUAUCGAGCAUAUUUCAACUUUACCUUGAUGUUUGUACACUGUGCUAUCCGAUAUUAAAUAAGACUGGUAAAAAAGAAUAUCAACGAAAAUGAUAAAUUAUAGAGGGAAAGAGAAAGAAGAGAGAAAGCACGUAACAAAGGAUCUUGUCGAGAUUAAUAUAUAUAUAUAUAUAUAUAUGAAAAAUAAUUAAUAUUACCAGUUAACUGCCGAGAUCCUUUCUUCGAAAUUUUUAUAUAAUUCUACAGUUUUUAAUUAACUUUCAACUUAUAUGAUUGAUUUAAUUCAUGAAAUUUUUAUUCUCGUUUCAAGAUUAUGAAUGAACGUUGUAAAAUUUAUACAAAUUUAUUUUUCUCGUUCACAUUUAAGGAUCGUGACAGCUAAUUGGUUAAUAAUAUAUAUAUAUAUAUAUAUAUAUUAUAAAUAUAUAUUUGUAUAUAUAUAUUUAUAAAUUAUAUAUAGUACGAUAAUUAGGAAGUUAUCGAAUUAAUUUUUGAGGCUGCGAAUUUAUCGAACCGAUUAUCGCGGCGUGGUGGCACCAAGUUCGUUGAACGCAGCUGCCUCGUUCCGUGACCUUCCCUCUUUCCGAUCUCGCCAUUCCGGUGAAUCUCGAUGCCUUCUCUCUUUUUCCUCUCUUUCUCCCUUUCAUUUCACCAGUUGUCACCGUUUGAAAAAUGAAACACGAUUGGAAAUCCGUCUUACUCCGCUUCUAAUACUCGUCAUCAUCAUCAUCAUCAUCGUCAUCAUCAUCGUCAUCAUCAUCGUCAUCAUCAUCGUCAUCAUCAUUUUCAUCAUCGUCCUCGCUAUCGUCGUCACGUUCGAUCGUAAUAUUGAUUUUUCUUAAAAAAUCGAAUGGCCAAUUACAGCGGCGAAAAUAACGCUCGUCAGGUGAAAAUUCGUGUCGUUUUAGCGAUCCGUAUGAAAUACGCGCCCAAAUUGCACGGAUUCGAGUUUAGAGGAAGUAAUAAUGAUUUAUAAUCGUUAAGCGAAUAGUGGUAAUCGAUAAUAAUAAUAGAUAAGGGACGAGUGGAACAGGAGGUUAGCAUUAAUCUAAUCGAAUUUGCACGAAAAGACGAAACGAAUAGCGAAAGAAGAAGAAAAAAGAGGAAAGAAAGAAGUAACGGGAAAUAAGCGAAAAAGAAAAAUGAAAAUCGGGUAGAUCCGUACAUUGCUCCGCCUAUGUUCUCUUUCUUUAUGUCUUCUUUUAAUUUUGUAUUCUUUUUUCUUUUGUUUUGUUUUAUCCUUUUUUUUUUUUUUUUUUUACUUAGUGACGAGAACGAUGUGUUUCGAUGUGUAUUUAUUUUAGCCCGCAACUCUCUUCCGGAGGGAACGACCAAUUGAUCGUGCGCCGUAGCGUAUCACGACUUUUAUUUCGUGUCCAACGAAGCGUGCAUUUUUAUUCGCUGUGAAACGUUGCCUUUCGCCGCCACUGUGUGUUUUAUUGGCCGAACAACCAUGCGUCGAAUUCGCUCUCGCAGAUUCGAAUUGGUUUCCACGAUAAUUAGUUGAACGGUUAGUCUAAGAUCUGUGGCAAAAAUAAAAGUAAAAAAAAGAGAAAGAGAAGGGGGAGAGGGAGAGAAGAAGAGAAUUGAAACAAAAAACAAAAAUCCUGACGGAUUUCCCAAAUCUGGAUCGUAACCGCGAUUGAAUUAAUUACGUUUGCGAAAAAGCUUUUAUAACAAAUCGUUUUCAUACGAAAUACAGAUAGAUAGACUCGUAUUUUAUCGAUACGCAAUUGAUUUUUAAUCUCUAAUACAAGUGUAUGAAUGAAAUCGAUAUCGGAUUUGUAUCUCGUCUUCUGUUUCUCUCGUUGGUUUUUUUUAUUUUUUAUUUUAUGUCGAAAGCACGCGAUGAUCAAUGUACGAAGCGAUCGUGUUACGGCUCGAUAAAACACAUAGUUCGCGAAGGUAAGAUUGAUAGUCAUAUAAACGAAGUGUCUGUAUCUGAAAAGAAGAAAAGAACAAAAGAAAUGAUAAAUAGAAAAAAAAAUAAACGAUCGAAAAUAAGCAUAGUGCCGUUAGAAUUUCGUGAAAGAAUAUUAUACCCGGAAAACGUUUGUACAAUAAAAAUGAACAAUACUCUGUACAAAAUAUAUAUAUACACGUACACUCACGACAUAUGCAUAUGUAUAAAUAUUAUCUCCGAUUUAACGAUGUUCUUUUCGCACGCGUACGUUUCUGCACGCACUUUUAAUCCUUGUAUCCGCGCAUCGUCUUCUGGAAAUGGUAUCAUUCGUUCCACGAUAAUAUGCAUUUUGUAUUAUCGUUCAUUUUUAGUCAACUACCCGCUUAAGGCCUUUUCUAUAGUUUUUAAUUAAGUAAACUCGCUGCGAAUGCGCCAUCGCAAUUUUUUUCGAUCAUGCGCCGCUGCAACAGAGAGAGAGAGAACAAAAUUUUUUUUAAAAAAUAAAUGAAUGGAAGAACGACCGUGUAUGUGUAUAUGUAUGUAUGAGAAAUAUAAAAGAAGAAUAAUAAACGUCUUUCACGCGUAAUGAUAUUUUAGCCUAUCAUCGUUCAAUUGUAUCAUAUGUGUAAUCUCUCGAUUCGUGCAUUUUCAUCAUUGCGUUCAUAUACUUAAUUUUAAUUGAAUCGAUAUCUAUGAUCGUCUUGUAUUUGAUUGUAUACCUCGAUUUGUAUAUAUAUACAUAUAUAAAGAAAGAAAAAAAAAAUUUAAAAAAAAAGUGAAAUAAGAAAUGAAUUGUCCCCAAGAACGGUGGACGAUUUUAAAAUGAAAAGUGACUUUAGUACCUUUACGAUUACAACACCCUUUAUAAUUAUCUACUAUCAUUAUUUUUUUUGAGAACAAUAAUUGUCGUUUGCAAUUCAUGGUUUGGUUGUAGCGGCAGCUUGAGAUUACUGUCAUGAUCCCCAUCGAGUUACUGCACGCUUUUAUACAUCUUUUAUCUCGCGAGAAUGUGUGUUUCCGUAUCAUAUUCUUUUUUUUUUAUUUUCAUUCAUUCUCUCUCCCUCUCACUUUGGCAUAUAAUUAACAGCAUUAAGUUUCGUAGGAUAAAACAUGAUUUCUUAAGCGACAAUGCAAACUUUUGAUCUCUAACACGCGCGCAUGUUAUAAUAAUAUGCAUAUACGAUGCGCGCGUAAACAUACGUGUAAGUAAAAUACGUAAAUUAGUAAACGAAAUGCGAAAAAUCAUGCUCGUGUUGCGUCCAUCAUCUCCUUAUUGAUAAUCGCCCCUUUUCUUUGUGUUUGCCUGUUCCCUGGAAACAAACGAAUAGGGGUCGAACUACCAUGUCGUUGUACAUCUUACGGAGGACACUGCAGUCUAUACAGGGUGUUAUAUAUAAUAUGUUCAUGGAACAUCUUUGAAGAAUUGAUUCAAGAACUAAAAAAAAAACAAACACAAAAAUUAAAAGAUCGGUUUUUUAUAGAAUUCUAAGUAAUAUUAAUAUUUUUCUUAAAUGAAAUAAGAUGAUAGAAAACUAUCUUACCAUUAUUUUUACAUUAUUUUAUAUUUUAUUCCGCGGAUUCACGGAAAGUUCGGCAUUGGAUUUGCAAUAUUUUAAAUCUAUCAUAAUCUAUAAGAAAAUAGAUUUUUGAUUAAUUAUUCGUUAUUUUUUGAUUAUUUGGAUGUAUUUGUAGAAAUAAUAGAUAAAUGCUGAUAUUAUACAUUACCAAAGUCGUGUAUGUAUAGAUAAAAUUCAAUAUAUUAUAAAAGUUUUUUAUUAAUAUCUCAAAAAUUAAUAAAGAUCUAAGUCAAAAUUUUAAUUUGUUUGCACUUUCUAAAAGGGGAAACCGUACUUAUUACUUAUAAUCGUACUAUACUUAUUAUUUAUAACUUAAUAAAAUAAGAUUCAAUUAAUAACUUUUGUAUUUGUUUAAUUUCUAGAGUUAAUCCUCUAAAGAUUGUUUCAUAUAUAACAUCCUGUAUAUAUAAAUAUAUAUAAAAAUAUAUAUAAAUGGUACGAUUCGAGCAUUUACAAUGAUUCGACGUGUAAAUGCUAUACACACGGUGAUAUACAUGGAAUACAAUCGAUAAUACGCGUAUAAUUAUUAUAACGGGGCAUAGAAUUGUGCCGUAAUUACGUUACGUCGGAAAAUCUCCUUGGUAAUCUCCGAUAUAUAAGCGUAAUUGUAACGCGUUCUUGUCACAAGUCAAAAAAACGAGAAAUUGAUUUUUUAAAGAAUUGCUCUGACUUGAUUAAUAAGAAACGAAAUAAACGCUGCUUAAGACAGUUA